AUGUCGCAACGGAGUAAAAUCGAAAACGUACCAAUUUUCGCGCCUUUUCCUCAAACCAGUGUUUGUAUUCCAAAUGAUGAUCUCGUCAACCAAAUUAUUGCAUCCAUUGAUCCAGCUGUAAUCUUAAAGAUCAGACAACAUACUUAUCUAGAAAUUAAAGAUUUGAUCGCUCCUAAACCAAAAAAGAACCGUAAUAGACAAAAGAUUCCACGUCCACAAAACCCUUUUGUGAUAUUUCGUAGGAAUGAACAAGCGAAAAUGGCAACCGGUUUAGAUCCAAAAAUGAAAGAAUCUAUGCUUGCUUUCGUAUCAAAAGCUGCUGGAAAAGAUUGGAAGACUGCUAAUGCAGAAGUGAAAAAUGUAUUCAAUUAUUUGGCACAAUUGGCCAAAAAAGUUCACGAAGAAACUUAUCCUGACUAUGUUUAUCAACCAAGAAAGAAAAUUGAUAGAUCUAGUUUUCAAAAUUCUACAUUACGCAACGGCUGUUUUAUUGAUUCACCUAUUCCGGAGUUCCAAUCCACUCCGAAUUAUUCAAAUUUUUGGCCUGAAAAUCAACAUUCAAGUUUUGCAAGUAAUUAUCAUUCUAUUUCAACUUCCUUGGAAGAAAAUCGAGAAGUCUGGCCUGAUUCUUCUAUAUUUCCCUGCUCUUUUUUGCCAUCCAAAUACCUACCUUCUAUUCAGUCAUUGGUUGAUUCGGCCACCCCUAACGCGCCAAAAUCAACGAUUCCACCAUGCUCAUCAACUUUUGCACAUUAUAAUUCAUCCACGACAUUAUCUAAUUAUCAAUCAGAAACGAGAUCAUCACUUUUUAAACCUUUAUCAAUUUAUAGUAGAUCAACCACUCUUGACGUAUCAGAUUCAACCC